AUGGCCAGCCAGAAGAACAUUGUCGUCAUCGGUGCCUCCGUGGCAGGCCACACCUUUGUCAACACGAUCGCUCCCCAGCUGCCUGCCGGCUACCGUGUCAUCCUUGUUGAGCGUAACGAGUUUAUCGUUCACCUCCCCACUGUUGUUCGCUCCUGCAUCGUGCCCGGCUGGGAGUCCAAGAACCUCACUAGCCGCCUCACACAGGAAAACGUCUUCCCCACUGGCUCGCGCCACCGCGUUCUGUGUCCCAACAGCGUCGUGGAGCUUCGCACCAACUCGGUUGUCCUCUCCGAGGCCUUUGAGGGCAGCACCGAGCUUGCCUUUGAGAAGUGCAUCAUUGCCACUGGUGCCCAGCAAGGUGCUCCCUUCCGUCCCGCUGCCGGCUCGAGCCUCGACGAGUACAAGACCUUCCUCCGCAACAUGCAGAACGACAUCAAGGCCGCUGAGAGCAUCCUCAUUGUUGGUGGCGGCACCGUCGGUGUGGAGACUGGUGGCGAGAUCAACGCCCUCUACCCCAAGAAGCAGGUCACAAUCGUCCACAGCGAGAGCGGCCUGCUUCACCCGGACGCGACUGCCGCGCCUGCUGGCUUUACCACCUUCCCCACCACUGGCGCCAAGGUCAGCGCCAACCUCCAGAAGCAGCUCGGUGUCCGCGGUGUCAAGGUCUACCUCAACGACCGUGCCAUCCUCCAGCCCGGCCAGUCCGGCCCCCUCGGCUCGCGCCAGUCGAUCCCGCUCAAGUCGGGCGAGACCGUCGAGGCCGACUACGUCCUCGUCUCGGUCGGCAACGUGCCCAACUCGGCCAUUGUCAAGGCCGCCGACCCCGCCGCCGUCUCUGCCAAUGGCUACGUGAUCGUCGACUCGCUCUUCCGCGUCGUCCCCGGCUCGUCCGCCUCGCCCCUCGCUGGCGAGUACUAUGCCCUCGGCGACGUUGCCGCCCUGCCCAGCUGGCGCACGUCCGUCUCGGCCUCGGCGGAGGGCCCCGCCCUCGGCAACAUUGUCGCCGCUGAGAUCAAGGGCAAGAGCCCCAAGGCGUACACCCCCGCGUCGAUGACCGGCGCGUGCAUCGUCACCCUCGGCGACAAGGGCGGUGCCGGCCAGCUCCCCAUGCCCAUCUUUGGCACGGUCAGCGCUCCUGGCUUCAUCUUGGGCAUGAAGAGCAAGGACUUUUUCGCGCGCCAGUUUGACGCCCGCUUCACUGGCGCUACCAAGGUGUCUACUGCGGCUUAG